AUCGAACGCGGGCAGAAUUUGGCCACGAGGAUAUUAACGAACACUUAACAGCUCAUGAGCGUUAUCGCAGGCAACCCGACGACGCCGAACGACUACGACGCCUCAGCUCCAGAUUCGCGUAUACCGGCUUUGGUGACAGUUGGCGUCGUCGUCGUCGUCGUAGCCCUCGUGCUCCCCAUUCUGUACGUAAUCUCUCUCAAGUUCCAACCACCCAUAUGCAUGCUCAUGAACAAAAGCUGUCUGAGCCAUAAUCAGCCUCAGAGAGACGUUGAGAGAGCAAAAAGGAAAUUGAAGGAGACAAUCGACCUGCGAAUGCUAAAUGAUGCAAGCCCCUCACAAAAGUACGAGCAGAUUCAGGGGUUUAAGAGGGAGGCUGCUGUGGCUUCAACCCAGUCCAGCGCAGCUGAAGUCUGUGGUGCAGUUUUCCUGUGCAAUCUGCCUCGAAGUCCUAGUGGAUGUGGACAGCGUCCGACGAUUGAAAUGCAAACAUCUGUUUCACACGACUUGCAUCGACUCUUGGCUCAAAAACCGUCAUGUCGAUUGCCCAUUAUGCAAGUCAAUAUUUAUUCCAACAGAGGCGUAACGGGCGGAGCGGUAACGACCUCGGGGCAAAGGCCCUCUCGGUUCCCUCACACGUGCUUCAUAGCCAAUUCCUCGUCGGCUGCAACUUUCCUAUGGUCUGCGCCUUCAUCGAUAGGAUCUGCGACGUCAAUCUGCUCUGUGAGUUCCACGCUUCCGCGAGGAUCUCUGUGAUCGGCAGUUUUUAUGAGAGCCCGAAAUGGGAUCCAAGGUCCAUAGAGAGGUGGGAUAUAAGAUCUUGGUCGAUAUCCUUGUACACGAGAUACCGUAGAGUGACGGUAAAUGGAAGAGGCAAAAGCAGGAAACAGACGCUGUACGGGCUUUUAGGAGAUCAUGACAAAGCUUGGGAAACGGAAAUGUGCAGAGCAAAUAGUGGCCCUAUUGGCUGGCAGCCACCGGACAUGAUUAAAUGUGUGUGUGCGUGUGUGUGUGUGUGUGU